GAGACUCUCAUCGGUAUCACCGGCUUCAAGAUGACAAAGUACCGCUCGACCUGGAGAGACGUCAUCUCGAUCUGGUUCAAGCUGAUUUGGAGGCCUCAGCUACUUGGUAUUCUCUGCUUUGAAGCUCUCGUUUUCGGCUUCAGCUUUGGCAUGAAUGUGGGCUCUAUCCCAACAACGAACGCCGUCUUCCUCGGCUCACCCCCGCCCGUCGGCUAUGGCUUCGAACCAUUUGCCAUCGCUGGAAGCUAUGCUACACCUAUUGUGGCAGUCCUCAUUGGCGAGCUCUUGGGUCGAUUCUUUAACGACUGGGUCAUGAACCUUUCGAUUCGCAGGAAUGAGGGUGUCUUCGAGGCUGAGGCCCGUCUUUGGACUUGUUACAUCGCCGUUCCACUCUACAUCUGCGGCUUCGUCGUCCUCGGUGUCUCGUUUCAAAAGCACCUGAGUGUCGGUGCGCUCGUGAUGGGAUGGGGCAUCGCUGAAGCGGCCGCCAUGAUCAAUACUGUCGCCGUCUAUGCCUACGUGAACGACUGCUUCCCGACCCUGCAAGGAGAGAUCUCUGCGCUAGUCAACCUCUUCCGAACACUCGGCGGCUUCAGUGUCGCAUUCUUCCAGGUGCCGUGGGCAACCAAGAAUGGCGCAUUGCAGACAUUCGGUGUCGAAGCCGCCAUCGUUGCGGCUCUGUUCUUGUUGGUUGUCCCUGCCCUGCAAUUGAAGGGCAGAGAACUCAGGGUACGCACCGGAGUCUCCGGGCCUUCGAAUUGUGCGCUGAUGUUGCAUUUUCUGGUAGAAACGAUUCUCAUUCUGAUAGUGCUUCAUGAGCAGUUUCUUACGAUUGUUACGCGUAUAUAUGUAUCCGUCAUGAUGUGUUUAUGUUAUCCAGAGAUGACCUUGCACAUAUGA